GAUUCUAAUGAAGUUUUGGCGGUGAGGGAUACAUUGGGAGUGAUGGAUAGUAUCGGUGGUAAAAGCUGUUUGGAAAUCUGGACAGAGGAAAACGACAAGUUGGUGACAGAGCUGAAGAAUAUUUCUACCCACACUGCAAAUUGGACAGAUACGUUGCGCCAGAGCUAUGUUUCUUUCAACAAACUGCUGGAGAAAAUCCAAGGAUUGCCACCGACUAUACCCAGCAUUCCCCUGGAACUGACUAUUCUGUCCAAUGCCAUCGUUUUAGCUAUCAGUUUAUCUGAUACCAUUCAUAAUGAUAACUCCUUAGUGUACCAGGGAUUUACCCGAGGAUUAGAAGCGUAUGGUAAACAUUUUGAUGAACAAGACAUCAUGAAAUUAUGUGAGAUGAUAUUUCAGAGCAUCAGUGACCCCACUUUUAUUCAGGCAGUUCAUCAGCUGAUAUACCUGCAAUGUCUGCUGUGGCUGGCUAGAAAUCAGCUGGAGAAAGUCGAUGCUGUGCUACACAUGCUAAGGGAGAGAAGUUCCUCCGCCUCUGGUUUGAAUGUACAGUGUGAUGAUGUGUGGCAGUGCAUUAAAACUGGAAACCUGCUAGAAGAUAGAAGUGGGAGUCACCUUGUGUUGGCACAGAGUCUCAACAGUCUGGGGCAGUUGAUAUACACCUGUGCUACAUUUUUGCGAGGUCUUCGUAAAGUAGAAGAAGGUAAUUAUCUGGAAGCCAUUGAUAUCUUGCAGCAAGCAGCUGAGGGACUUUGCUCCAAGAAAAUUCUGGCAGAGAUCUAUACUCUGAUCGGUUACAGUUCAGUCCAAAUGGGCAGACCACAAACUGGCUUGCAAUAUUUCAGGUGGGCACUGGAAUUAGACAUCCAGUGCUUUCCUGCAUUGUAUCAUGCUGCUAUGGUCUAUCGGCAGCUGGAGAUGGUGGAAGCUGAACUUGAGGCUCUAUACCAUCUCUAUGUGGUUUUGGAAAAUUGGGAUCAAUUUAAGGAUUCCAAUCAUGCUGAACCUCAAAUUUUGAUCAAACCUGAACAACUGGUCCGGAUUCCUGCAAAAUGUCAUCUAUUGACCAAUGUAAACCAAGUGUAUGUAAAGCACUCCCUUGCCAGAAGAUAUCUUCAGAUAGGAAGAACUGAAGAGGCAGCAGAGCAUUACCUUGAUCUACUGGCUUCAUUCUUUGAAGGAUCACAACAGGAAAUAUUUCUUGUAGCAGACUGCAAAGUUCCUCGAAUUCCUGAAAUCUAUUUGGAAGCAGCUGUGGCUCUUCUGCAAUGUCAGAGAUAUAAUGAUGUCAUCACUAUUUGUGAGGAAAUUUCCCUCAAGAUGUCAGGUUUACUUUCAGAAGAAUUAACAUUUGAGAUUAUAGUUAAUGAAUGGUUGCCUAAAGAUUGUUCAGAAAGGACUGAAAUUAAAGCAGUUUGCCAGAGUUCCCUUUCAGACUACUUCAGUGAGUCACCAACACAAUGUGCAACAAAGAAAGAAACCCUCAAUUAUAUUUUAUGGAUGGCAAGUGCAUUAUUAUAUCAAGGACAAGCUUUUGCUCUCUUGAGAAAUAAUAAGGAAUCAAUUACUAAUUUUAGUCGAUGUGUUAAUUUGCUCCUUAAAGUUCAAGUUGUGGGUUCUCCUGAUUCAAGAGAGCCGAAUAAUCAGAUUGAUACUUUGAAAGCGAACAUAAUGGAAAUUAAAUAUUUGCAAAAGCUGAAAUCGUUGGCUUUUAUUGGAAAAGGAAUGCAGCUGGCAGAAAGAGGUCAAGAAAGAGAAGCUCUGCAAAAUUUUCAGCUGGGUCUACAAGCUUGUCCUGAUAGUAUAGAAGCAAUGUAUAAUCUAGUACAACUUCUGUGGAAACUUAAAAGGAAGGAUGAAGCUGUCUCUUACUGGCAAAGAUACCAUAGUUCAACAAAAGCAACUGCAGAAAAAGUGCAACAAGAGUGUACUUCCAAAAAAUUCCCCUUAUUCUUGAUUCCUCAUCUCAAGGAAGUAAGUACUUCAGAGGAAGAAGCGGUUUCUAAAAUGUUGCAGGCACAUUACAUCUGUCAUUCUAAAGAGAAAUCAGCUGUGCACUUUCUGAGACCCACAUCUUAUUCAUGACCUUCAUGAGUUAUCCAGGUCCAUCUGAAAGAAAACAGUAAAGAACAUACUGAAUAAACAUCAUAUUAAAUAAUUCUGAAACA